AACAGGGAUGUGAUGUGCGCCCGAAAGAAUGGUAGUGUCCUGGUGUGAUGUGUGUGCUAUACUCCGUUUCAUACAUCAGGUGCAACGCUGUGGAAGCUAUGCAAGUAGUUCGGCCAGCAAAAUGUGUAAAUCCGCGUGUAUUUCGCUUGGCCUCCGCGAUUAGUUCCUGCAGCGCGCUGCCAGUGCUAAUCGCGGAGGCCACGAUACAAAAAAAAAGGAGACGCUAAACGAUCCAGAACAAACUGUCGACAGCGCAGUAAAUAACGGGGUACGUUUAUUCCUUGGGCACAAAUCAUCUUCUUUUAUUAUACAGCCUUAGGAGGGAAAGAAAUCACAUUACGGGUGGUAAAUUCAUUGAACUGUUUCUUGACGCGAACGCAUCUACUGCAAGAAGUCUCGCUAGCUUCCAUAGCGUUGCACCUGAUGUAUGAAACGGAGUAUAGAAGACGAAAAGGCUGGGGCGCGUGCAAAGAUCCGAGAAGAUGACGAGUUUCGGAGUCGCGUGCUGGCGAAGAAGAGAAAGAAGAGGACAGACGGGCGUUCGACGCAGUCGGGUGACCGGGCCCGAGUGUCGACGCUCUGGGACGCGGUCCACGAGUUGAAGCUACGGGCUUCACGUGGCCGCUGACAUCCUCCGCCUCCAACUCUUCGCUUCAGCAAGGCGCCACGUUCCUCGUCAGCCUUCGCAAGCCAUCGCUGACGUCUUCAAGGAUUCCCGCGACGCUCGUCUCCUCGCAUCGCCCUGCGCGUUCGACUCCCCGACGGCCUUUGCAAAGCCAUAUCGAGGGUGGUUCGAUGGCAGAGAAUGCGACGAACCAGUUAUUGAGAGUGAGAGACACUGCGGCGGAGCGAGAAUCGUAAGAUAUUUCUUCAACAGAACCGCUGGAGAGUGCGUACGCUUCUAUUGGAAUGGAUGUAUGUACAACGGUGUAUUCGAUACGAUGAUCAGGUGUGUGGAUACUUGCAACGUCGAUCAAGAGCCAGGAUUGUGCCAACAAGAAAAAGAUGGUCCGUGUGAGACCAAAACUGGUGAAGUGUCUCCCAUGCCUCAUUACUAUUACGAUAUAAUAAGCGAGACCUGCAAGGAGUAUACAACCUGUUCUGUGUUGGACGAUUUCAUUGUAAAGAACAAUUUUCCCUCGAAGACACUUUGUACUAUGCAGUGUGUCGGAUUUUCCUGGAGACACACAAAAGAAGGAAAACAGCAAAUACAAACACGAAGCCUUCUCCAGAUGUUGGACACUGAUCAAAAGAUCUGGAUCUAUAGAUCCAGUCACCAACACACUUUGAACGACAAAGAAGUUUCUUGUGAUUGUUAUAAAGCAGACCAUCUGGGACCAAGUACACGCUCUUUCGACAGUCAAUACGAUUAUAAGUUUACUUACGAAUAUGUUGCAGAGGACAUGACUCACCAAGCAAUACAUCAAGGAAAGAUCGGUAAAGAAAAUGAUAAAGAAAUCAUGGAGGUCAGCAUAGAUGACAGUACAGUUAAAAAGGAGCUCGUACACUGGGACAAAGAUCGCAAGUGUGCUGUUUUGACAUUUACAGUGGAUGGAGAGCAUCGCUACGAAUUACACGUGUGGGAACAAAUGUUGUUCAAUACAUACCAAUUCAACCAGGAGUACAGUGGAUGCAAAAGCGAAAUUGAGAAAUAUUGUAAAAAAUUCCAUAAAAAGCGUUUCCGCAAAGAAUGCCCGAACGUCUAUAUCAUAAACAAGGUCGGUAGUGGAUAGAUCAGCAACAACAAAACCUGGCUAAUAAACACACUCCAAAAACUGUUA